UCUCCCCAGACACGGGCUCCCUGCCUGCCAUGGCCCCGGGCUCCGCGCCCACAGCUCUUCAAUAGGCGGCUUCACGCUGCCCGUGGGCCAGUGGUGCGCGUGACUGUCGUCUGCGGUGCGAAGGGUGCCUCCCGCAGCCGAGGGGCGGAGCAGGGGCGCACCGGCCUCGGGACCCCUAAUCGCGCUUUCUCCUCGUAGACUAACGCCGUCUGCCCGGGAGGCGCCCUGCAACCCGCGCGAUGAGUGCCAACGAAGACCAGGAGAUGGAACUGGAGGCGUUGCGUUCUAUAUAUGAAGGAGAUGAAAGUUUCCGGGAAUUAAGUCCAGUUUCAUUUCAAUAUAGGAUAGGUGAAAAUGGUGAUCCCAAAGCCUUCUUAAUAGAGAUUUCAUGGACAGAAACAUAUCCACAGACACCUCCAAUAAUAUCUAUGAACGCUUUCUUUAAUAACACCAUAUCCUCAGCUGUAAAGCAGAGCAUAUUAGCCAAGUUACAGGAAGCAGUGGAAGUUAAUCUCGGCACCGCUAUGACCUACACGCUGUUCGAAUAUGCCAAGGACAACAAGGAGCAGUUCAUGGAGAAUCACCAUCCUGUCAAUUCUACGACACCAAUAAGCAAUAUCAUCUCAGUGGAAACUCCUAAUAUAGCCCCAUCAAGUAAGAAGAAAGACAAAAGAGAACAACUUUCAAAAGCCCAGAAACGUAAGCUGGCAGAUAAAACAGAUCACAAAGGAGAACUCCCUCGAGGCUGGAACUGGGUUGAUGUGGUGAAGCAUUUGAGCAAAACUGGCUCGAAAGAUGAUGAAUAGCGCUUGGAAUUCGAAACACGGGAAGAGCGCCCUUUAACAAGUCAACUGGGCUCACAGUCCUCGCUCUGCUGGUAUCGAGGUGGCUUUUUAUAAAACGGUUUUUUUGUAUGUUUCUUACGUAAAAAUGUUUUAAGCUAAAAGUUCAUGAGGAGAUUUGGUUGUAUUAAAUUAUUUUCACAAACUUGCCUUAAAAUAAAAGGUGAAAAUGUUACUGUUUAGUAUACUUUGGAAGCCUUUUGAGCUUGUCACUGGACAAAUACAGAGGAUAAUAAGUAAUUGAUGUUAAUUUAUAUGAUCUUCAGUGAAUGUGAUCAUUUUUUUAAAAAGAAAUAUGAAGCCCUUUUCCAAAACUCCUGUCCCAGGGGAAUAAGUACUGAGUGAACAAUUAUUCCUCAGCAUGAUCCAUAUUAAUAGGCUUCUUGUCUUACUAAAGUGUUCAUCUCUUCUUUCUCUUAAUUACUGAGGCAUAAAUUGCGCCAGAGAAAUUUAAAUCCUGGUAUUUGACCUUUACACAUAAUAUUCUUUGUAGUCCUCCCCACCCAAGGAUGAACUGCUUCUCUUUAAUAAAUGAAUAUUUGUUUAUGCUUUUCUCUUGGUUUGGAUCAGGAAGGCUUCCAUGGUGUGUGGAAUGGAGAAUGUAAAAACGAAUCUGCCAAAUACAUUAGAAAGCAUCGGAAUAGAAGUGCUGGUUCCUAUUUAAAACAUUUCUGUUUGUUGUAUUACUGAGAUGGGAGUAAAAGAUGCCUUAAUAUUUAAUUUUUGUAUUGUUGGAGACAAUGGUCUUAAUAAAUUUCUAUUUAUCUGCUAUUGUAUAUCUUUAGUUGUUUGGUAACUGAGGUCUUCUAAAUGAUUUAACAUAAUGCCACAUUUCAUGUUUUGUUUCAAGUAUUCAAAUGUAUUUCUUAGCCCGAGCAUCUUUGUAAUAAUAGACAGAAGUAUUUCAAAUGCUGAACUGUAGUACAUGCUUGAUAUUUUGUUUUGUUUUUUUAAUGAUUACUAGAGGAAGCUAUUAGUUCCGUUUAACCAGGGAGUUGUUGAUGUCUUGGUGUGAUUUACAGUGAUUCUGUUUCUGCUCCCCAGUUUUAAACCUGCUUUUUAGAACUACUGCUGUGGUGUCUGGAAGGGGAGGUUGUUGGUGCCUCAGUUACACCUGUGCAGCUUGGGUCUGAGUGUUAAAGAACAACCGAGUUUUAAAGACAUUUUCUUAGCAUAAGAGCAGUCUGACUGAGCUGUAUGCUUGGUUUUUACUUGGUUGCAUUGGCUUAGGUGAAAUCAUUGGAAUUAUAAAGUAAGUAUAAUUAUGGUGAAGAAAUUUAAUCUCAUUUUAAAAAGCUGAGUCGCAUUUUAUUUCUUGAAAUAAUAUGAUAGAGAGAAACAUUAAAAUUUAGGGCUACUGAAAUAUGCCAACUUUGGGGGCUGUGUGUACUUUUUGUUGUAUUGAUUUGCCUCUUUUUUGAAGAAACAAAUUGCUAUAUCUGCUAGUGGAAGAAAACACUUUGCUUUGCUCUGAAGAGUCUGAAACUGUUCAGUCUUAUUAUGGUUCACAGAUCACAAAGAAUAAUGCUAGUAAAAUGCCAAUGAAUUGUUUUUACUCUUUUUAUAUGAAAUGUACAAAUUCCGGGAGGCGAUGGUGGCAGCGAUGCCUCUUACUACCUUUUGUGAAACACUUGAACAUUCUCAUCGAUAUUGCCAUCACUGCGCAACACUCCCAAGUAUAUUUUCUCAAACUCUGUUUACUUAACAUUGUAUGGAAAUGGCAUAAUUAAUAAGCAAUAAAAUCUGAAUUACACACAA